AUGACAAAUCUUGAAGAAUUAACAUUAUUACUUUCAAUUUUAAGGGUUGAUUCAAAUUAUGUUGAUGGUGUUCAUUUAUAUGAUGAAAUUCUCAUUCAUAUGCCACGGUUAAACAAAUUUACUUUUAGCAUAGUCAGUCAAACUGUUAACAAAAAUAUUAAAAUUGAUUUGCCAUCAAACGACAAUAUUCAAUCAAGUUUUAUCGAAAGAGGAUAUAAUCAAGUUGGUUCGUAUGCUGAUUUUAAUUCAACAACAAAUGUUGGUCGAUGUCAUGUCUUUUCUCUUCCAUAUCGAUUCGAAAUUUUUAUUAAUCUGAAUAACUUUUUUACAGGCGGCAUAUUCAAUAAAGUUCGAUGCUUAUUUAUGAAUGAUACGAGUUCAUUCGAACAUGAAUUAUUCGCACUUGUGUCUCAAGCUUUUCCUUAUCUUGAAAAAUUAUAUGUAUACAAUUUUCAAGCACAAAAAAAUAAGCAACAUUCAUCUACAUUAAUUGUAUUUUCUCAUCUUGUGAAACUCAUUCUUAGUGCAGUACAUGUAGAUUAUGCUGAACAAUUUCUCUUCGAGAAAAACACUCGUUUGCCUCGUUUACUCGAACUCACUAUUGAAUAUGAAACACUUGCAAUCGUAACAAAUAAUUUCACCAAUGAUGCAGCACGUCUUAACUGUGUUAACUUGCAAAAUAUUCAUAUAGAAGGGUCAUUUGUUCGCCCAGAAAGUUUUCAUCAUUAUUUUCCUUUACUAAUAGGUGGAUGCACAUUUGAUCGGCCACUAUUAGGUGAAUUUUAUUCAUAUGAAAAUGGCCUUGAAACUCAUACAUCAUUGAAAGAAAAUGGAACUGUGGAUAGACGUUCUUAUCGUCGAGAAUCAGGUGCUGGCGCAACACGAAAAGAUGGUGGAGAUCUUUUAGUUACUCAAGAUCUUGGACAUUGUUCAUGUGGAGAAACGACAUCUUUAUCGACAAAUCAAAUGAAUUUCGACGAUCUAUUGAUGAACAAAGUGAAUUUAUUACACUUUUCUCGAAAAGUUACUCAGCUGAAGUUUGCUAAAUCUCUAUUUGCUGAAUGUUCUUCGUUGUCAAGUCCAACUGAUGGACCAGAAAAAGUCAUUAUUACACCAAUUAUUCCAGAAGAAGUUAAUGAUCCUUAUAAUAAUUUUAAAUGUUGGGUCUAUGAAAGAAUAGAUUAUGAUAAAAUUCAUUUGUCAAGAUCGGCUGGAUCAUUUUGUGGUUAUAAUCAAACAUCUCAAAGUUAUGAAGCGCAAGAUGGAGUUGAUCUUGCUAUUACACUUGCUGAAGCUGAGCGUAUUCAUGAUGAUUGUCCAAUUCGUUAUGAUGAUGGUCGUAAUGUUUUUGUUGAUUUAGAAGAAUUUAAUUUUUAUUAUGCAAAAUCUUCAAUUGUUCAGCUCAACAAAUUUUUUCUUUCUUUUUUCUUUUUUCUAUUAUUCAUAUUGUUUAAUUAA